CAUCUUGGAUCCGAGCCGCUUCGCACCGAGCAGCAGCAGCAGCAGGAGCAGCAGAGGACGGUACCGGAGGAGCCAGCUGGCCGCCGAUAGCUGCCCGUCCAGAUUGUACUGUCACCGUGUGUUAAGACUAUGCGUGUCGGACUUUAUUUUCCCACGUUAAUAUCCGCUUUGAGAGCAUAAAAAUGGGCGUAAAUCGAGUCCACUGCUCAACGUUAUAAACCCGGAGAGGUCGACGGCGGCGCAGAUCCGUCUCUCUGUUAUAUCUUUUACAUUUCUGGAUAGAGGAGUUACUAUGAAUGGAGGAUAAAUGUUGCCAAAGGCUGACAGCAGCAGUUUCGUCCUCUUCUCUCUUCUCUUCGUCCUCACAUUAACGGACCCGCCACGGACAGAGCAGCGCUGCAGCCCUGGGCAGUUUGCCUGCCGCAGUGGGAAGAUGCAGUGUAUCCCAAUGUCCUGGCAGUGUGACGGCUGGACAGCAUGUGAGGACAAGAGCGACGAGAUGGACUGUCCCCCUAUAAAAGAAGAGAGGUUUCGUUUCGGGAACGGAUACGACCAGGUGGAAGAUGUCAUCGGUGUGGCUCAGCCUGUACGCUUCAACAAGAAAUGCCCCAGCGGGUGGCAUCACUACGAGAAGACGGCGAGCUGCUACAAAGUUUACCUGAGGAAUGAAAACUACUGGCAGGCUGUGGACACCUGUCAGAAAGUAAACGGUUCACUGGCUACGUUCGUUACCAACGAGGAGCUGCAGUUCAUACUGAAGAUCGAGGUGGACUUUGACGACAAAGUCUGUGAACGCAGAGACCAGUGCAAGUUUUGGGUGGGCUACCAGUAUGUGAUCACCAAUCAGAACCACUCUGUGGAGGGUCGCUGGGAGGUAGCAUAUAAAGGGUCGAUGCAGGUGUUUCUCCCACCUGAGGGUCUAACUAGUUUUGGGGAGGCGUCACCCACACAGGACAAUGUCUUCUGCGCCCAGCUUCAGCGGUUUCAGAUCAAAAGCAUGAAUGAACGAGGUCUGCACAGCUGGCACGCUGAGAACUGCUACAAGAAGUUCCCCUUUCUCUGCAAGAGGAGACAAACGUGUGUGGAUAUAAAAGACAACGUGGUUAAUGAGGGCUACUACUUCACUCCUAAGGGGGACGACCCCUGUCUGAGCUGCACGUGUCAUGACGGCGAGCCUGAGAUGUGCGUGGCUGCGCUGUGUGAGAGGCCGCAGGGAUGCCAGCACUUCCGCAAAGAUCCCAAAGAGUGCUGCAAGUUCACCUGCCUGGAUCCAGGUACUGAGGCACCCCAAGGACCAGAGCAGUGUUUCUUCUCAAGUGUUUCAUCUAAUCAAAAUGGAAACAGUCUGUUUGAUUCCAUGGCCAGUGGGAUGAGACUGAUCGUCAGCUGCAUCUCAUCCUUCCUCAUCCUCUCUCUGCUGCUCUUCAUGGUGCACAGACUCCGUCAGCGGAGGCGAGAACGCAUCGAAACACUGAUUGGUGGAAACUUGCACCACUUUAACCUUGGAAGACGAGUACCAGGCUUUGACUAUGGCCCGGAUGCCUUUGGCACUGGCCUCACUCCCCUGCAUUUGUCUGAUGAUGGAGAGGGCGGCGCUUUCCAUUUUCAAGAGCCUCCUCCACCAUACGCAGCCUACAAAUACCCCGACAUCCAGCACCCCGAUGACCCCCCUCCCCCAUACGAAGCCUCCAUCAACCCAGACAGCCUCCUCUACGUGGAUCUUGGUCAUAGCGGGGUUCCCAUGGUGCCAAGCCAGAUGAACGUCAUGGUAGACGGGCUCCAGGCCGAUAUUUCCAACACCUCUGUUCCCUUGCCAAACUUGGCGCCGUCCUCUCAGGAGAGGGAGGACUCCAUAGAUAGCAGCACCCUCCUGGUGGGGCCCGACACUCCGACAGAUGGCCACACCCCCGCUCCCAUGCCCGCAGACUGCGCCUCCUCCCUCAGCACCAUGGUAUAGGACUGUGGACGGACAGCAGGACAUUCCCUGCUGGUUGAGGAAGGUCACGAGUUUGUCCUGCUCCACCCACUGCGCCGGGAGAGGACGCAGCGGACUGAUCUGUCGUUUAUCAAAAAUGCUGACUGCAGAGAGGAGAGUUAAAGUUUGUACAGGCAUAUCAGGAGGUGGAGCCGCCCGCUUCUUUAAGGUGCACUCUGAGAAGGCUCUGCAGUCAGACAGUGGCAUCAAAAAGGAGCAGAGAGGACUGUUUCUGUACAGAGGAGACAAACACUACAUUAAGAGAUGGCUGCACUUUUACUUUAACGCAUCGACUGAACAAAGCUUUCCAAACAUCUCAGAGCCGGCCUGAUUGGUCGAGAAGCCCUGAUGUAAAUACCCCCUCAGGUCUGUGCCAGUCAGAUUUGUUAUACUUGUGUGUGUCCAGCACAAAGCAAAGAAUGACAGACGGACAAUGAAGCCAGCUUGUGCUCCUUGUGCAUUUUUUUUUUUGUUUUUUUUUGUUUGCAUCAUGCCGUCGCUCAAACAGAUUAAUUUGAAUCUGUCUUUCCGUCUCCAGGCUACAAUAACAUUCUCAUCAGUCUCUUCUUUCAUAAAAAACCUGCUGUCCCCUCAUUUUCUUAUUAGUCUGAUACAUGAAACUGUCUUCCAGGUUUAUAGCGCACAUUUGCAGAAAAAGGUGUUUUGUAGUUUAACAUUGCAAAAAGGUACGGUUAGUUUCCUCCUAUAAGGGUUUUUAUAAGGUAAUGCUGGCACAAGGCAUUAUGGAUCAACGAAUGUUGUGGUACUGAUAAAUCUGAGUUUGGUAUUGUGUUCUUUUGAUAAUUUAUGACCGCGGGCUGUAAUCUUGAUUGUUUUAUCAUGAGACAGAAACAGUCUAAACUCCCCGUUGAUCAGCCAGAAAAGUGAUGAAGCUUUUCGAGUGUAUGUGUGUUAAGAUUAGAGACAAUAUCCUGCCAUUGAAUUAAAAAAAAAAAAAAAAAAGUCAAUUUGUUUAAAAUAACAUUUCCAAUCAUGAAGUCACUGAAUCAUGCAGAUGGUCCCAUUGUUACUUUAUUAUCAGCUAUGUAUUUGCUCAAUGUUUUGCACACUCAUCUGUUUUAUUAAAUCAAGUUUGUUUUUUUCUUUUUACAUUUUUUGGGAAAAUCAUUUGUCAGGUGUCACAUUUGGAUGCUGCCCCUCAACAGCUGACAUGUUUGUAUGUGAUCUCAGUUAUGAUGAUGUUUUCAGCUACUGAUGAAGGUGACGUCACUGACUGUAGCUGUGAGUCUGUUUCUGUUUUGGUGUUGACGGGUCUGAACUGUUAUAGUUUCUCAAUGGGAUCGCAGUUAAAAAAAAAAAAAUUAUAAUAAAAGAAAAAGUAUAAACUGUAUAUUAGGAAUGAGUUAGCCCCCCCUCCCCCCUCCCCCUGUUAUGACGACAAUCGUUUGAUCCACUCAAGGAUGAAUUUUACAAGAAUGAAGGAGUCAGAUCGACGGGCCUGAGACCCUCAGGUCGGAGUCAGAGUGACCCGCAACCACCAGCAUUCAGCCUGCUUUUCAUCUGCCUCCAGAAAAACAGCAACUGUGCGUGUGAGCAUCUGCGUAUCUCAUGUUUGAAUGUAUUGUGUGUAUAAAACAUUAUUAUUAAUACUUUCUCAAGCUUAUUCCCCCCCCCAUUUUUCUUGAGUUUUUUUGGCUUUUGACAAUCCACCGGAUUAUCCAGCAAACAAACUCAUGUUCUCAUAAACUGUUGAAAAGAGUAACGUGUGCAUGUGUGUAUAGAAGAUGGUGUACUGGUUUGGAUUUUCUUUUUCUUUUUCUUUUUCAUCAAGUUUGUUUGGUUUUAUUUCUCAACUUUGCUUUUUGGACCUGCAGUGCAUGUUUUUAUCUUUUGGCAUGCUGGGAGAUUUUUCCUUUUUGUUUUGUUUUGUUCAGUUUUUUUUUUGUUUUUUUAAUGGAGACAUUUUUAGCCAAAACGUUCAGUCCUGUACAGUAGGUUCAAAGACUUUUUGCAUAUUGUUUAAUAUCUCUGUAUGCAUUGAAAAACCUGCCCACAACCCAAACAGCUGCAUUUCCACUGUAGUUUCUGUGCUAGACUAUGACGGUGUGAUGACUAAUUUUACUGGAUUUGAAAUGUUUUAUGUAUAAAAACAACAGAUGCUACAUUUUCAUUGUCUUUUAUUUCAUAGCCUUUAAAUUUGCAGGGCAGGGUUUGGUGGCUUGUGUUUUUCUGAGUUAGAUGUACAUCUAAUCA